CCUACCGAGCCCGGGGGACAAGCGUGUGGCUGCGAUGGCCGAAGCCGCUGCCUCCUCCGACUUUAACAUCUUGUUGGCCACGGAUUCCUACAAGGUGACUCAUUUCAAACAGUAUCCACCAGACACCUGUAAGAUCUACUCUUACUUUGAAUGCCGGAAAGGAAACAACGAUGAGUUCAAAGAAAUUGUUUUCUUUGGUUUACAGUAUAUUCUGAAGAAAUAUUUAACAGGUUCAGUUGUGACAGAGGAGAAGAUUCAGCAAGCCAAACAAAUCUAUCAGCUUCAUUUCAAGCACUCUAUCUUUCAUGAGGAAGGAUGGCGAUACAUUUUAACGGAACACGAAGGGCACUUACCAAUUAGAAUUAAAGCCAUUCCUGAAGGAAGCAUCAUUUCCCGUGGAAAUGCCCUUUUUACAGUGGAGAACACAGACCCGAAUUGUUUUUGGUUGACAAAUUACAUUGAGACUACUCUAGUUCAAGUCUGGUAUCCAAUCACUGUUGCUACCAUAUCCAGAGAAUUUAAGAAGCUUCUAGCUAUGUACCUAAACAAAACAUCUGGAAGUUUGAAUGAUCUGGAGUUCAAAUUGCACGACUUUGGUUACAGAGGAGUUUCAUCUCAGGAGUCUGCAGCUCUAGGAGGCGCAGCCCAUCUGGUAAAUUUCCAAAGCACAGACACAGUGGCAGGAUUGGUCAUGGCUCAACAGUUUUAUAACUGCCAAAUGGCUGGGUUUUCAAUCCCUGCAGCAGAACACAGUACUAUCAUCGCUUGGGGAAGGAGCCGGGAAAAGGAUGCAUUUGAAUAUUUGCUCAAACAAUUUCCAUCCACUCCUAUUUCAGUAGUCAGUGACAGUUAUGACAUUUUCAAUGCCUGUAGGCAAAUCUGGGGCAGUGACCUUAAAGACAAUGUUGAGCAAAGGAACAAGGAUUCAGUGCUGGUUAUUCGACCUGAUUCUGGGGAUCCUGUAAAGACCAUUAUUGAGGUUCUGAGAAUUCUGGAAGAAGUCUUUGGAAGUACCACAAACUGUCUGGGCUUUAAACUGCUACCAUCUUUCAUCCGACUCUUUCAAGGAGAUGCAAUAAAUCUACGGUCCAUGGAGGAAAUCCUAAUAGCUCUGAAAAAUGAACACUGGAGCACAGAAAAUAUUGCUUUUGGGUGUGGUGGUGCACUCCUGCAAAAGCUCAACAGAGACAUGCUGAACUGCUCUUUCAAAUGCAGUUAUGUUGAACAAAAUGGAAAAGGGCUGAAUGUCUAUAAAGAGCCAGUAACUGAUCCUAUCAAAGUUUCAAGAAGGGGCAAACUAAUCUUGCGGAGAAAUUCAGAUGGAAUCAUUGAAACAGUGGAAGAAGGGAAGGGCAAUCCAGAGGAGGACCUCCUGGUUGCUGUUUUUGAAAAUGGGAAUAUUCUCCAGGACUACACACUUGAGGAAAUUCGAAAAAAUGCAAAACUCCAGAAUGUUGACUUACAGUGAUUCAAGCAGAAGGGAGAGCUGCUAAAUGAAAUUUAUUAAAUGGUGAUUCACCAUUUAAGACCAAAAUGCACAGCUCUGCAGUGAUCUGGAAGCUCUAACUGUAGCAUUGUGGGCUGCUUAAAACAACAAAGGCUGAAAACAACAAAGGAUACAGUUAGUGAUUCUCACCAAUACAUCUAGAAUUAGUAAAAAUAUUGAGUAAAAAUUCAAAACCCAGACUUAUUUUAAUGCAAUUCUGAUGAAGCAAUCUUGUAAUGCUUGAAUACUGUUGUGAAUGCUUUGACUUUGGUCCAGGUACCUUGGAAAUCAAUGUAUCCAUAUCACAUAUUACUGAAGAAAUUAUUAAAACUUGGAUUUAGGCACUGAAACAUUUGUUGUAGUAAACAAGUAUUUCAAAUGGCUGUCUCGUGUCCGCCAUGAUUU